ACAACUACAACAACACGAGGGCACAGCUGCGCGUGGGACCACAGCACACACCGCGCGCUCUCCUAUCUGCAUCAUCAUUAUUAGCGCAUGCAUCGCUCCAUCUUAUCUCAAAUUCUCAAUGGGCUGCGGUGGGAGUCGAUCAGACGCUAUUGAACCCCGAUAUCAUGAGAGCUGGACCAGAGAAACCGAAUCGACGUGGCUUACCAACACUGAUGCUGAAAUCCCCAACGGAGUGACUUAUAAGAACCGCGUCGUUCGUGGAGAAUGUAGCCAGCUUAUUAAAGGCAAUGCAAAACUAUCAGGUAGAGGUACAGAGGCCAGGUCUUGUGGAGACAGAGGCAGACAGAUGGUUAAUACAGGAACUCAAUGUGGGAGGCAGGUUUUGACUUCCAGCACCUGCACAAACCAUCAAAAGACAUCUUGUGGCCUUGAGAUAAGUGACUCAAACCCGACAACACACAAGGAGGGGACUUCUCAUUUUGAGGGGGUUUCAUCUGAUGCUGCAUCUCACCCAGGGGAGCCAAUGUGGAAAAAAUCAUCUUCGCCUGAUGCGGAGGAUACGCUCUGAAACCCAGAGGAGUUCAGCCCAUGAGGAUUAUAGGCUGUAUAAGAAAUCAUAAGCUGUCAAGAGAAAUCAAGCUUCACAAGACAUGACAUCUCAUUAACGCUCGCUUAUAGAAAUCUUAUACUUUACUGAAGUUUUGUUGCUAAAAUGGGUUAAGGUGCAUCUGAUCAUUAGCAUGCCAAAUAUAGAUUUUAAUCUUCUGGCACCCUGAUGUCUCAGGAGUUACUGAGCAAAGCAGCAUAUGUUCAUAUUAUUGCAUGAAUUAUUGCUCACAAUGCACUGUGCAAAUUUAAUGCUAAUGAAACUGAUUUUAAAGAACAGGCUAGGCUACUAAAUGCUUUAUUGUCAUGCUAAUCUUAAAUAAUUGUUAAAAAUAACAGUUAAUAUUAUUUUUGGGUUAUUCUGUUUGUGUAAAUAUGCAUUUACUGGAAAUUUGACAGUAUUCAUUUAUUUAUUUUAUAUUUACUAGUGAUUCGGUAUCAUAGUAGUUUUAUUUUAGAAAUAAAGUUGCUUUCUUUGGAGGAUAACAACAAAAUCGAUAGACCACAGGCAUUUUAUACAACCAGCUAUAAGUGCUGUAAAAUAACCACUAGAUGGAGCAGCUUAUCUUAGACUGUUGCUGUGUUUUGGACAUUAAUAAAGUAUAUAUAAUAAAGCGUUUUAAAAAAAAUGUGAGGCACUGUCUGUACAUGGUUGUUGACAAAUCUUAAUGCUGCAUUACCAAACUGAUGAUAAACUGUUUGAUAAGGAAGGAAGCUGAAAUAAUCAGGGAGUUGUUUAAAAGUUGUUAACUUUAUAGCCUACCUGAACUAUGUCAAGUACAACGAGCACUGUUGUUACAUCUACCCCAUUAAUGGGCUGAGUUGUAAUGGUUUUGUGCAUGAACAGGUGAAUUUAAUUACCAUAUUAAAUUCAAAAUAAUCAAUAUAACAUCCAUUAUCACCUUCAUUUCACUUUAAACAGUUGAAGUUCAACAGGUAACAUAUAACAGGUUAACAAAUAUAGGAAUGCAUGAAACAUAAUAUAAUACUUGGAAACAUCUAACACACCCCAACUCUCCAUAAAGACUACAGAAUUCUGCUGCAUGAAAUUUGAAGUAAUGCUAUUCUGUAAUGCCCUUGUCAAAACAAAGAAACAAAACAUUUGUAGCAGAUUUUGUGGAAUUUGUUGCUCCAGUAGAAUUACGUUUGGAAGUGCUGCAACCACACUUUUCAUGGUUAGACAUUAUGUCUAGUUUUUUUUGUCAAAUUAAAGGAGAACCUGCUGUUUCAGUCAUUUAAAACCCAACUGACUUCUCAACCAAACGGUUGAGCACAUU